CCCGCCCGCACGCCACGCAGCCGCCGCCCGCCGGCCACCGGAUUCGCCCUCUCUCCCUCUCCCUCUCCCUCUCUCGGGUGGUUGGAUCCGUCGUCCGCGGUUCGUUGUUCUCCCUUGUGUUCCCCUCCUCUCCUCCGGGCUCGCUCCUUGCCUCAUUUGGUCUGUGGCCGCGAUCUGAGUUGCGUAGGGAGGACAGUGGUUCUGAGGAAAAAGAGUCGAUCUUUGGCAGGGGCUGGAUUCAGCCGGGCGUCGGCGGCUGUUCUUGGCGCCGUCGAUCCGCGGCUCGGAGUUCGCCAGAGGGAAACGCCGCGUUCUUUGCCGGAUUUGACCCGGGGAAUUCGCUGCUUUUUUAAUAGUCCCAGCACCGGCCUGGACUAGAUUUGGUCAGAGGCGACUCUGACGCGAGGGGAAUUCUUGCCGUUUCUUGAUCUCAACCGAGUCUCCAGUUGGCUACGGGAACGUGAGGAAGGCGAGGGGGUCCUCUACUCUACUCUAGCCCUCCCUGCUACAACCAAUUCGCUUCAGCCCAAUUUGGUCGAAGUCCAAGAGAGUUCAGUUCUUGGAGUGGCCGUCGUGCCAAAGAGGGCAGGCAGCUGGAAUUGCAGUUGUGCUGUCUCACCGCAUUUGGAUCAAAAAGUUUUGGGGGCCUUCUGAGAGAGGAGGAGCGGGAUGGGGGUGAUGUCGCGGCGGGUUCUGCCCGCGUGCAGCAGCCUCUGCUACUUCUGCCCCUCGCUGCGGGCGAGGUCACGGCAGCCCGUCAAGCGCUACAAGAAGAUCAUCUCGGAGAUCUACCAGCUGCCGGCGGAUGGAGAACCGAAUGACAGAAGGAUCGGGAAACUCUGCGAUUAUGUCUCGAGAAAUCCAACCCGCAUACCAAAGAUCACAGAGUAUCUUGAGCAGAGAUGCUAUAAAGAACUGAGACAUGAUAAUUUCACCCUGGCCAAAGUUGUUCCAUGCAUAUAUAGGAAACUUCUGCGUUCAUGCAAGGAGCAUACACCAUUGCUGGCCACAAGCACAUUGUGUAUUGUUCGCACUCUUCUAGAUCAGAAAUCAAGUGAUGAUUUGCAGAUCCUGGGUUGUCUAUUGCUUGUUGACUUUCUCGAUGGACAGGUUGACAGCACACAUAUGUUCAGUUUAGAAGGCAUGAUACCAAAACUAUGCAAAAUUGCUCAAGAACUAAGGGAAGAUGACAAAGGGAUCCGCCUUCGAUCUGCUGCGCUCCAAGCUCUUGCUUCAAUGGUCGAAUACAUGGGUGACCACUCGCAUAUCUCAAUGGAACUUGAUGAAGUUGUCUCAGUGAUAAUAAGCUGUUAUGAGGCUAAUCAAACUCUCUCAAUAAAAGAGGUCGUCAGAUUUCAAGAUGAUGAUGAUUUGACAAUGUUGGCAGUAUCUGGGCAAAAUAAUGCCAAAGUGGCAGCUGAUACAAUGUCUGCAUCUGAGAAUCCAGCACACUGGGCAAGGGUUUGCUUGCGUAACAUGGCCAAUAUUGCAAAGGAGGCAACAACAGUGCGGCGUAUUCUUGAUCCUCUGUUUCGCCUUUUCGAUAGCCACAAUUACUGGUCUCCUGAAAAUGGUGUUGCCCUUUCUGUUCUACAAGAAAUGCAAACACUGAUGGACAAAUCAGGGCAAAAUGGCCAUUUGCUGCUAUCUUUUACUAUAAAGCACAUUGAUCAUAAAAGUGUUGCCAAGAUGCCCGCCAAGCAAAUCAGCAUUGUAAAAGUUGCUUCUCAUCUUGCAAAGCAGGCAAAGUCGCAUGCAUCAGUAACAAUAGCGAGUGCAAUUAGCGAUUUAGUAAAACACUUGCGAAAAUGUAUGUACCGUGCUGUUGAAGCAUCAAAUGCUCAAGCUGAUAUUGACAAGUGGAACAGUGAACUUUAUGUGGCCUUGGAGGAGUGUCUGGUGCAAUUGACAGAGAAGGUUGGGGAUGUUGGUCCUAUUCUUGACAUGGUCAGUGUAAUGCUCGAGAAUCUCUCGUACACUGCCAACAUUGCCAGGACAACAGUGUCAUCUGUUUACCGCACAGCACAAAUAGCAGCUUAUGUGUACAAGUCAUCAUACAACCAGAAAGCAUUUCCAGAAGCUUUGUAUCACCAGCUUCUCUUAGCAAUGAUGCACCCAGACAAUAAGACAAGGAUUGGCUCACACCGUGUUUUAUCCACCAUCGUCGCGCCUUCAUUGUUAUGCCCAUGGUCAGCCAUAGGUUUUCCUGUCCCAAUGAAAGUCAAUGGGUCGCAGAGUGUGCUUUUGUUGGCAUUAUCAGCUUUCUCUUCUGAGACCAUAAUGGAUGAACUGCAGUCUAAAAGUGGGAUCAAGGAAUCCUUGCAGGAAAACGAGAAACCAGAAGCUGUGAACUCAAAGUUAAUGAAGUUGAACAAUGGCCAACUUGUUCUUCUUCUUUCAUCUAUUUGGAGUCAAGCAUCCCUGGAAGAUAACUCACCUUCAAAUUUUGAGACAAUGGGCCAUACUUACAAUGUUGCUUUAUUGUGUUCAAAAGCAAAAACCUCCAGUCAUGUGGCACUAGUUCGAUGUUUCCAGUUGGCCUUUUCUCUCAGGAGGUUGUCUCUGAACCAAGACAAUGUUGCACAGCCAUCUCGGAGAAGGUGUUUGUAUACAAUGGCAUCAGCAAUGCUUAUUUUUUCAGCAAAAGUUGCUGAUAUUCCUCAGAUAACCCAUCUUGUCAAAGCCGCAGUGCCAGAGGAAAUGGUUGAUCCUCAUCUUUGCCUGAUUGAUGACUGCAGACUCACUGUUACUUCUGCACAAUCUUCGAAUGGUGAAAUGCUUUACGGUUCUGAGGAAGAUGAAAGUGAUGCACAAGUUUUUCUUUCAGCUGUAAAUAAGGAUGACACACAGUUAAAAGACAUUGUGAUAUCCCACUUCAAGAGAAAAUUUGAAAAUUCACCAGAGAAGUUUGAUGGGAUAGAAGAGCAGCUUCUUCAAGAGUUCUCCCUGGAUGAUUCAUUUCCUCUUGGUGCUCCACUAUUCAUGGAGACGCCACACUCCUGUUCAAUGUACGCUGAAAAGGACGAUCACUGUUUUGAUGAGGAUGUUAUUCCUUGUGAGAUGGAUGAUGACGAUGACAUCGUCUUUGAACAUAGUGGAUCGCAGUCUGACAGGAAAACAUCAGGAUCUAUGGCUUCAUCCGAUGUUCUAAACGUGAAUCAACUGAUGGAAUCUGUUCAUGAGACAGCAAGGCAAGUUGCUAACAUUCCAGUCUCCACCAAUCCUGUGUCAUAUGACCAAAUGAAGAGUCAAUGUGAAUCCCUGGUAAUGGAAAAGCAGCAGAAGAUGUCUGUUCUCAUGAGCUUCAAGCACUCGAGGACUGAUUCGCGUAGCUCAAUUGGGGAAAACGGACCAGAAACAAAUGAGUCAUCUGCUCAAUCUGAACCAGAGUCACAUUUGACAAGAAAGGACUACAUGCGGCGCAACGAUUCAACAUCCAGCGAUGACCGCUCCUUCAGGUUGCCGCCUGCAAGCCCGUACGACAAGUUCUUGAAGGCAGCUGGACGGUAGAUCCGUGCAAUGGUGUGGAACCUGACAAACUGGUUUCCAAAUCUGUAUACAGAACUGUUUGCAAAUUACAUGUCUUUUAAGUUGAUUCUUUCUGCUGUUUUUUUGUUCUCUUUCUGGGUUUUCUAUUCUUUGAGUGUACAAAUUUUCGACAAGGUGUACAAAUUUCUGUUACCGUUGUAGGGUCCCGGAAUAAAUGGAAAGUGUAGUGUCUGAGUGUAUGUACUUUUCCGAGGGCCAGAAAAGAAAAUGACCGCAUUGUUGUCAUAUAUUUAUUGAUGUUUUUUUAAA